UCUCGACAACCAUUAUUAUUCUAUACUUAUCGUUUGGCUUUGCCGUUUUUUUAUUUUUGGCCACGAUGACUAAACUGCUUGCAGCAACAAAAUAACUGUACACACACUUGUACACACAUACGCAAAAUGACCUUACAAAAAUGGUAUAAAAGGGCAGCCGACGCCCGAGUAAAAUUCAAAUUCAAAACAUCAUCACUACUACUACUACUACAACAACAAAUAUUGCUACUUUUAACAACUUUAAAAAGUUCUUACCAACUAACCUAAUCUUUUCAACAAUGCAGUCCACCAUCAUCGCUUUCGCCGCCACCGCUGCCCUCGUUGCCGCCAACAAGGCCCCCGCCAGCGACUACUAUGCUCAGCCCGCUGCUGUCGCCGUCCAGCCCGUCACUGUUGUUCAGAACGCCGCUGCCGCCGAGAACACCGUCACCGUGACCCACACCAACGGUGCCAUGAGCAACGUUCUGUCCCUGGGCUCGGCCUUCCUUGCCGGUACCGCUCUCCUCUCCUACUUCUAAAUGAAGUAACCCUUUAAAUAGGGGGUUACCGUAUGGUCAUUCCUAACUUUAUUUCAUUGCUCCAUUUCAGUUGCAAUUUAAGCACAAUGAUCAUAGUUUUUAUGUUUAUUGUUUUAUGCGAGUAGCCCUGGAAUAUUUCUCGAGCUUCUCGUUCAUAUACAAGUUUAGACUAUCAAAAAUAAAUAUUAACUUUACGGUUA